GAGGUGCAUGUUCCGCCUGUGGCCCCGUGAACGUGUCGGUGUUAUCCCGGAGAAACAUGUCGGUCACGUGUGAAAACAACAGGUCGAUUCACUCGGACAGCCUCGAGGAGGUUCACAGCGUCCCGAUGCACGUCAUCAUCAGGCCGAUUCCUCCCGUGCUGGAUGAGCUGAAAGUUCAGAGUAUAAUGAACACAAUACAGACAUCGGACAUCAGUGUUGUUCCUCCCAUCGAUGUUCUCUGGAUCAAAGGCAGAGAAGGAGGAAAUUACUACUACUCUUUUGGAGGCUGUCACAGGUUCGCUGCAUAUCAGAGGCUGAACAUGUCGACCAUCCCGGCCAAGCUCGUCAAAUCAAACAUCUCAGACCUCAGCACUUACUUGGGGGCUUCGACGCCUGAUCUGCUGUGACGCUGAAACUGCUUUUUGAGAGACUUUGCUCAGGUGGAUCCCACACACACACACACAAACACACACACACACACACACACACACACACACACACACACACACACCAACACAGUUUUGACUCCUCUGUUGCACUCUGGGUAUGCAGAACAAAGGAUUUACCAGCAGGGGGAAAUGUAACUCCUUAGUUAAACACAUGACAUUUUGUGUUUGAAAUGUAAUUUAAAGGGGUUGAGUGUGUGUUGAUUUGUGCUUUUCUAAAUUAUGCCUUUUUACCAAGUUCAUUACCUGUCAUUUAAUAGCGUUAUCAUUGUACUUGCACAUAAAAAGCAAUUAAAAAGGUGAAUUUCCUGCAACUACUUUCUUGUACAUUGCAGCGCCAUCUUGCCAUUUCUUUUUGUCCAGCAAAUACAGAAUUUACAUUAAUAAGAGGACAUGGCUAAGUGACACUACAGAGCAAGGAUGGUUGCACAUUUUGAGGCUUUUUUCAUAGCAGACAUUUUUGACUUGAUCAUAUUAGGAAAAGCACGACGGUUACUAAUAAAACCAAAAAUGUUUUUGUUCUAUUCAAGUGUCCCAGUGAGCUAUGGCAGCAUGACAGUGAUCCAACAUGCAUAGUACUAGGAGCUUGAAACCAAAGCAACUUAAUGGUGUUCAGCUGUCAUUCAUUUUAUUAUUUACACCUGUGCUUUUCCUACUGUGACAUGUCAAAAUGUGUUCUGUGAUAAAAGGAGUAAUUAAUCCACCAGUGGCUUUCCUUCAAGUGCACCUUUUGAACUCCUUCUAUUGUGUUCUGGGAAAAGAUUUGAAUGUUGUCAUACAUUUAAGUUAUUUUAGUCUGAAAUGAUAUCAAAAGGCCCCUUUUCUUUUGUGGCAGUGGUGUUAAUUUAAGAAAAUAAUUAUGUACUAAAAAUGACGUACGACCAAAUGUUGCAACAAAGAAGCAAAAGCUUUAUGAAAUCUCACGCACAGACAACUCUGAUUGUGAUAUCUCAGACAGCUUAAGAGGGGCAUUGAAAGGAGCCUAUAGAGCAGAUGGUUUGCAGAAGGAGUCAGGUGUUAUGCAACUUCAGGCUGACAAGAUCUUGUGUCGAAAUGCAAGAUGUUGUCAAGUCUUGCUGAGUUUGCUCCUUCUUCCUCUCAUCAGUCUUUUUAACCCUUUUUAACCCUGCGUCCUUCAUGUCACCUUCCAGUCUUGCUGCCGUCGUCCGGGUCCGUUCAUAAGAAAACCCUCCUAAACCAAAACCUUUUCUCACUUCCUUGAAGAGCCAACAGGCAAAAUCAUUUCAUUUAUUUGUGUAAGAAAAUAACCUGAUUUAUAGCUUACGCUUCAUACUAUAGUUACUGAUACUUUAGGAGUACAAUGCAUUCCAGUUACAGUAAAUAGCGUGCAUGGCAGUCAUUUGGCUUCCUCAAACAUGCUACAAUGAUGAUAAUGGUUUGUUUUGCUGUGAUGAGAAAUCUUGAAGUGCAUGUUUGUUGUUGGUACUUGCCCUGCCUAUUUAAUUAAGUCAGUUCCCUUGCCCCUCUUGGAGGAAGGAACUGUAGGUAUGAUAAUUAUAAUAGUGAACUAUAUAUCACAGGGCAUUGCGCAGAGACAAGGCCUUUCCGACCCCAACGCCUUCACAAUGCGAGCCCAGAGCCGCUUAAUGGUCUCCCUUUGUGGCCACCGAGGAAAUGAAGGGAGACCUGAGGGCAGCUUUUAACGGACCGGCCCUGCAGGACUCUAAAUUUUCUCCUCUGAAUCGUCGCGUGUGAGAGGACUUCCUGUGGCUCGCUUACUGUCUGGAAGUAACCGUAUCCUCAAAGGGAUUUUGACACGCAACACCGGUAUGAAAAAAUACAUCGCACCUGUUGCUUCGGGGAGCUGUUUCCAUGGGUGGUUCUAUACAUUUUAUCUUUGAGGAUUUAACCAGAUCAAGGGGGUUUAGGGGGCUAAGAAGAGGAAGUGUUUUUGGCCAUUUUCUUAAAUGGGUUGUGGCCGUGUCAAUUCUCAUAUACUUUUUUUUUUUACAGUUUACUGUUUUGCUCAAAGAUGAAUGAACA